UCGUGACGGAGAAAGGUGCAUCAUUCGCGCUGUACCAGCAACGAGCACAAGUGUCUACUGAUUCGUGACUUACCUGUAAGUGCAUUUAGCUCAAUAAUUUCAGUUUGUAAGCAAAGUGCAAAGGAACACAAUGUACUCCGUGCAGAAAGUUCUCGCUGUGUUGUCUGUGAUCGCCUUCGCGUCUGCUUCCAUUGACGAAGGGAGCCACAGUCAUCAUCACGAUGUUCACACGACGCACUCUGAAGUUGAGAAGCACGUACCGGUUCCGGUGUAUGAAAAAGUUGGAGUUCCUAUUCCGCAUCCAGUUCCCGUAGCUGUUCCCAACUACGUUAAGGUUGCCAUUCCUCAGCCCUACCCAGUCCAUGUCACCGUUCAGCAACCCAUCCAAGUCCCAAUUUAUAAGGUUGUCCCACAGAUCAUUGAAAAGGCCGUCCCAGUUCCCGUUGAGAAGCCCUAUCCAGUUGAAAUUCACAAACCUUAUCCCGUUGAGGUGAUCAAGAAAAUUGAAAUUCCCGUCCCAAAGCCCUACCCUGUCCCAUUCACAGUCUACAAGCAUGUCCUGCAGAAGGAGAAGGCUGACCACAAGGGCUGGCACUAAAUGAUCUCAUAGUGUGGAGGUGAUAAAAGGGUUUUGCACGCCGAAACCACUUGAUGUUCCUGUUGCCACAGAUUUUGUUACAAAACUGUCUUGUUGACUAAUUUUAUAUGAGAACCAAGAAUAAAAAAAUGAAAGUUAAAUAAA